AUGUCCAACUGUUCACAAUGGGCGGCGCUGGACGACUUCAGCAGCUAUGUCGAUUCCCUUGGCAAAUCGACCGAGUUUGAUAAGGGCAAGAUGCAGGUCGCAGUCGGAUAUGUCCUCGAUCUCGCCUUAGGAAUCAUGCUCUCCCUUGGGGUGAUUUUCCUCAAACCCCGCCUGUGGUGCAACGGCAGCUCGCACGAAGCCUACCAGAUCUUCACGGCAGGCCUGCGCUCCUUCUUCGACUCGGCAGCGUACUUUGCCUUUGCGCUGCAGCUCGCGGCCAUUGCGGUCCUCGUGCGCAAGGACUAUGGCAUCAGCACCUUGGACAUGGGCGCCUUGGAGACGGAGAUUACCCAGGCCGUCGCCGUGGUGAGCCUGCUGCCACUGCUGUAUCCGGUUGCGCUACUUGAGGGCGGGCGGGACGGCCAUGCGAAGCACAACGCGCGAUUGCUGCUGCUGAGCGUGACGGUGGCCUUGUCGUUUUACCCGUUCAUGUCGAGGUGCUUCCAUGCGUUUGGGGAGUCCCCGAUAGGAAACGGGAAGGGCGGGGAGGUCUCGACGAGUGACUGGGGUAACGUGCAGACUAUGUGCUUUCCGGACGGUCUGGGUGGCCUAGUUUCAUUCAUGGAGAGUAUGACCUACAGGGCACUCGACGGCCUGGAGUUGACGAUCUGCCUCCUCAUCUACCUCUUUACGUUCUGGCUCAUGGCUUGCCUCCCGGGUUCCCGUCAUCCUAUCAAGGAGAAGGCCGGCGAACGGGAGCAUCGAUCUUGGCGGGAGCAGGUGAAUGAUUGGUUCGGCCAUCACCCAUACAUCGCGGCUGUACCUCUAUUGGCCAUGAUUGGCCUAGCGGUCCCGUUGCUCUGGGUCAUCUUCCAAUUGAGAAUGCUCCAACAGGACCUAGCUAGGAGCGUGGGAGAGACGUAUACAGGAGGGAACUGGGGAUUUGGCCAGAUAGUGUCGCUUGUGUUGUUCGCGCCAGUUGGGGUCACGAUGGCGUAUCGAUGGAGGUUUGGUGAUGAGUGGGAUAGGACAGAGUAG